AUGUGACGAUGACGUCAGACGCAAAGAAGCGUCGCUGUGUUUUCGGUUGCAGGUGUCUCCAGCUAUCAGGAAGCAGUUGACAUACGUAGUUUACUAAGACUGCCAAAAAACACAGAAAGAAGAAGAAAAUAGAUUCAUGCCAACGUCCACAGACCACAGGAUGACAUUAGCAACUGUUGCCGUCGCGAUCCUUGCGAUAGGAGGGGUUGCUAUGUUUUCUGCUCUUCAUAAAAUUGAAGAAGGACACGUGGGUGUUUACUACAGGGGUGGAGCUCUGCUUACUGGCACCAGUGGUUCUGGAUUUCAUCUGAUGCUGCCUUUUAUUACUACAUUUAAGUCUGUACAGACAACUCUACAAACAGAUGAAGUAAAGAAUGUUCCAUGUGGCACAAGUGGGGGUGUAAUGAUCUACUUUGAUCGCAUUGAGGUUGUGAACUUUCUUGUUCCAUCAGCAGUGUAUGGCAUUGUGAGAAACUUCACUGCUGACUACGACAAAGCCCUGAUUUUCAACAAAGUUCACCAUGAGUUGAAUCAGUUUUGUAGCGUUCACUCACUUCAAGAGGUCUACAUAGGUUUAUUUGAUCAAAUAGAUGAGAAUUUAAAGCUCACGCUGCAGGAGGAUCUCACCAACAUGGCUCCUGGACUCAUUAUUCAGGCGGUUCGUGUUACCAAACCAAACAUCCCAGAAAGCAUUCGCAGGAACUAUGAACUAAUGGAGGGCGAGAGAACAAAGUUACUCGUUGCGGCUCAGACACAGAAGGUGGUAGAGAAAGAGGCAGAGACCGAGAGGAAAAAGGCGGUCAUAGAGGCAGAGAAGGUGGCUCAGGUGUCUGAAAUAAAGUUUGGACAGAAAGUUAUGGAAAAAGAAACUGAGAAAAAAAUAUCAGAAAUUGAAGACAGUGCUUUUCUCGCUAGACAGAAGGCAAAAGCAGACGCAGAGUUUUACACUGCACAGAGAUCAGCUGAGGCCAAUAAGCUGACGCUCACCCCUGAAUAUCUCCAGCUGAUGAAAUUUAAGGCUAUAGCAACUAAUAGUAAAAUUUAUUUCGGAAACGAGAUCCCUCACAUGUUUAUGGACGCGGGACCGGGAAGCUCCUCCAAAGUUGCCUCCAAAGCCUUUAAUGCUUUCUCAGAGGGGAAACUGGACUUAGAAUGAUGAGAUACACUUAAGAGAGAGACCUAGUUUGUAGCACAGAGACUAAGACUAAACACACAGCUCUAAUUGCCAGGAAUUAUACUGAACUGUCCAGCUGAAUGCUAUGAGCCCACUUCAGUAUAACUAACAUGGUAUCAGUUGGGUAAAAAGAAUACAUCUGUAUUUAAACAGGUGUUAGGUAUGCUCCGGUGACUUGGAGUUAAAAUUAUAUAAUUAUAUUACAGUACGUUUUUCUUUUGUACAGAACAAAAGGAAUUAGGUGGUUUAUUUGAAUCUGAGUAUAGUGUACAGAAGCCAUUGAAUAAAAGGUGUUGUAUUCUUAGAGAUGAAGAUUUGUGCAUGUUUUAGUAUAUAUUGAAUUUAUAAAAUGAAUCCGUUUUCAUUCAAAAAUAUGCUUUACUAAGAUGUUUGGGAGCUUUUGGCGUUAUAUUAUUUUUCUAGUCUCCUAAGGCCAAUUCACACUGGUCCAACAACAACCAAGUCCAACAAACCACAACAUACUAAAGUCCCAUUUACUUGAUCCAACAUCUGCCAACAGGGGUUUUACACUGACACUUGGCGUUUGUUGGAUCACUGUGAAUUGGCCUUAAAAUGAUCUUAUACUGUAACUCAGGGACUUGCUUAUUUAUAUUAAGUUUAAAUUUCAUGUGCUCUCCAGAAGCACUAAACAAACACUGUCUAACUCUUUCACCGCCAGCGUUUUUUAAAAAAGUUGCCAGCCGGCGCCAGCGUUUUUCAUGAUUUUCACCAAAGUUUAAUGCCUUCCAGAAAAUGUUCUUCUUUAAAUAUAUAAACAUACAAUAUAGCAAAUGAAAGAACAGACCCUCUGCUUUCAAACAAAAAAAUCGUUUCAUCCUACCUUCAGUGGUUCUUUUGUAAUCAGCUUUUGAAUAUGGGUAGGUUUCUGCAAAAACACCACAUUUUGAGCAAAAAGCAGAGAUAAUUCCAUUUUUGUGACGGACUUUUCAUAGAGAUCCCAUUCAGAGCGAUCUUUAAAACAGACACGGACAUGCAGCAGCUUGCCAUAGGGCAAUACUUCCGGGUUUAAAAAGUUGCGGUAAUAGCGGUAUUGCGGAAAGACGGAAAAUCUCGUCAUUGGCGGGGAAGCGUUUUCUCUUAAUUGACGAGAUAUCUCGUCAAUGGCGGUGAAAGAGCUAAUAGAUUAAAAAAAGACAUUUGUAAAAUUCAGGUUUUCUGAAUUUUGUAAGUUUUUGGGGAUUACCAUAAUGGUAAAUUGUGUGUGUUUCACUUAUGUUCAGGAAGAGCAUGUUCAUACCAUUCUGCCAUGUAUGCAGCUUUACUUAAUGAGUAAUCAUGUGCAAAUACUCUUGCAGUAAACUUACUAAUGCUUCCUGUCAGCACCAUUUACAGUAUAAGAAAAAAUGACGAGGAUGUAGAAAAUCUUGAUGACAGUUGUGGUAGCAAUGACAAAGCAUGUCGUACUUUGGGUUCAGCGGAGUCUGAACCCUGAGCAAAGUCAGUCUUAACACUUUAUACAGUUUCAAACCUGUUUUCUUCCCACCCCUAAUGCUAAUGAGGUUUAAUUAAGACUAGUACUAGAAAUGACCCUGGUCCCCAACUGUGUCCCCAAAUGGGUCAUUGGAUUUAUAUAAUCAAACUAUCUUGGUACCUGUGUGCUCACCCAACUGAAUGAUGUUUAGACAGAUUCAGUGUGCUCACCCAAUUGAAUGAUGUUUAGACAGAUGUCUUUUAUAA